AUGUACACCAACAUUGUUUCUGUGCUCGCCCUGGCUGGCGCUGCCCAGGCCCACAUGUCGAUGUACUACCCAGCUCCCCUGGGAGGAGCCCCUUCCAUCAACAAGCAAUCCACGGAGCUUGACCCCGAGUUCAAUUUCCCACUCGGUUGCUGUGGCCCCGACGGUGGUGAUAGCAGACCCUCUCCUGGUAUUUGCCGUGGUCAUCUUGACAAGUUCGACACGGAGGAUGCUACUGUUACCUGGCAACCUGGACAAGACGCUUACUUCCAACUCACCAACUACGACUACGACCCAGAGGCGCCUGGCGGUACCCACUCUGGAGGAUCCUGCCAGGUCGGCUUCUCGACCGACAAGGGCAAGACAUGGAAGAUGGCAGCCUCAUACCACGGCGCUUGCCCGCAUGCCACUGAGGACGGAUCACCCGAGGCCCAGACCUUCGACUUCAAAGUACCUACUGGUAUGCCCGAAGGCGAUGCUAUCUUCGGCUGGGUGUGGCUCAAUCGCGAGCAUGAGUCAUUCAUGAACUGUGCUAAAGUCCACAUUGGUGCUGGCUCUGGUGCUGGCUCUGGUACUGGCUCUGGCGAUAGCACUGAGCCCAGUGAGCCAUCUCAGUCUGCCACGCAGCCCGAGCAACCCACAUACUCCGAGACUGAGCCUGAGCAAACCCCUCAGCCAACCUAUGCACAGCCCGAGGCUCCUCCCAAGGAUGAUGAGAGUUACGAGCAACCGCCAGCCGCUACGCCUGUUGAGGACAGCCCGGUUGUUGUCGUUACCACUGUCGUGGCUACUACCGUCUAUCAGCAAUACCAGCCCACACAGACAGCGACCAAUGACUCCGAAGCUUCCGAGGAGACUGAUAACUCAACUGAUGGCCACUGGUGGAACCGCCCUCACCAGAAGGUCAAGGCAGGCACCCGCCGCUAUGCAGUCGACGGCUCCCGUUGCGAGUGCCGCCGCGAUGAGCUUACUCUCGCGGCCCGCUGCUUCUGCGAUUCUACCAACAAGGCCGUCGAACGCAAGGCUCUUCGCAUGCAUCGCCGCACUCUCUACAAGCGCGUCGAUGCUUGUGACUGGAACUCAGCCCCCAACAUGGAGGUCUCAUACUACACUCCCGAUGCUAACUGCGCCCCCAAUGCUAAGGCUAACAUGCCUGAGAGCGACACUUUCGAGUUGGGCUGGGAUGUCAACUGUGGUGUUGUUGAGGGCCUGAGUGAGUAUGAGAUCAAGACCAUGAGCUGCGACAUGUACGGUUAG